AUGCCAGUAAGACCAGAACUUCAGCAGUUGGAAAAAUGCAUAGAUGAAGCUUUAAGAAAAAAUGACUUCAAACCUUUAGAACAGCUUCUGCAUUUGGAAAAUUAUGAAGAUAUCACACUUACAUGCAGCAAACAGUUUUUCAGCAAGUUAGACAACCUUAUGUGCAAGGAACUUAACAAAAAAGAUAUCCAGAAUACUUCAACUAUUUUAAAUUCUCUUGGAAAAUAUGGCAAAAAUAUCAGCAUAUUUGGGGAAGCUGGACUUCUAGUAAUGAUAAAACAAGGGCUAGUCAAAAAGAUGGUGGCCUGGUUUGAAAAAACCAAAGAGAUUAUUUUAAGUCACAAGAAUGAAAAAGAUGAAGCAAUGACGAAUCUGAUAGAAGAUUUCUUUGAUGUCUUAAUGACUGUUCAUGAUAUCAAUAAUGAAGGUAAAAUGGAAGUACUGGAAAACUUUAUUUUGAGGAUCUGUGCCCUCGUAGUCGACAUGAGAAUACAUAUCUGUAUUCACCAGGAGGCCAUAAAAAAGCUGAAUGCUCUGCUUGGUAACAUGCCCCGAGAUGCCAAGAAAAUAAUUUCCAAACCAGAAAUGUUUUCUCUCAUGAUUGAUAUGGGGAAACGGAUAUUAGAUGCUGGGGAUUAUGACUUUCAAGUAGGUAUCACAGAAGCUUUAUGUAGAAUGACUUCUGAAAAACAAAGACGAGAACUGGCAUGUCAGUGGUUUUCAAUGGAAUUUGUUGCUAAUGCAUUUAAAGGGAUUAAAGACACUGAUUUCGAAACAGACUGCAGGAGAUUUCUCAACUAUGUGAAUGGCAUGCUUGGAGAUAAGAGAAUGGUUUUUACAUUUCCUUGUUUAUCAGCAUUCCUUGAUAGAUAUGAGCUACAGAUACCUUCAGAUGAAAAACUUGAUGAAUUUUGGAUUGACUUUAAUCUUGGUAGCCAAAGUAUAUCCUUCUACACUGCGGGAGAUGAUGAAGAUCAUCAGUGGGAAACUGUCAAUGUGCCUAAUGAUGAAGUGGAAAUAUACAGUGUAGAAGUGAAAGGUCCUAAGAAGCUACUAACCCUAAUUCUGAAAAAUACAAUGAAUGUUGGUAACAAAGAAGGAGACCAACUGCUCCUGUAUUUCGAUCCUUCGCUAGAAAUCAGUGAUGUGACAAAAAAAAUUUAUGAUGCGAAUAAGUAUAGGGGGUUUACCAAGAAACAAGCAAUUUCAGUUGCUAAAACAUCAGUGCACAUCAUUUUUGAUACAAGUGGAUCACAGAUGAUAACUCCUGUUAAAAGGAAAAUGUCUGAAGCAUCAAUGUCUAUUCCUGGUACAGAUAAACCAUCUAGGAAGACCUUAUUAGCCAACAUAUCAACACCUCGAACAGGAAGAGUUAAACCACCUUUGAAAAUGGUGAACUCCACUGAACCACCCAGUAUUUACGAAGUACAAGAAAAGGGAGUGAAGAAUACCACAUCCCUUCCUGGUUCAAUUGAAGGAAGGAAUCCACCCAGACAACAAAGUGAUUUUCCUAAAUUUCAGCCAAUCACAGCUGCUAAGCCCUCAGAAAUGACAGAAAAUGAUGAGAACAUCAGUGUGUUAGUAAAACAAAAUUCUAAUGGAGAUGUGGAUAUCAUUCCUGAUUCACAACCAGUUGAGAAAAUAGAUAAACCUUUAUUGCCUGGUGUUAUGGACAACAUUUGUGAAAAUAACAUCCAUUCAAAAUGGACUUGCUGGACACCUAUAACAAAUAUUAAAAUUUGUAGUAAAGAGAGUGCAAGCACAUCACCAGAAGAAACAUUUAAUCAAGAUGUUGUUAGUGAAAGAGUCACAAAAAAAUCCUCUCUUUCAACAACAUCUGAUAAUAUUGCACUGGAAAAAAAUAUGAUACAAAAUCGGAAAAGAAAAGGACAUGUGGAAUCUAACAAAAAGAAGAAAACAAAAAUGGAAACUUGUGAAACAAACGGAAGACAACCACUAAAUAAUUCUGUCAGUUUAGGUCAGGAAAAUACUGAAAAAAACAAGGAAAAUGACUGGCGUAUUGAAUCUGAAACCUUUAAAUCAGUUCUUCUAAAUAGGACUAUUGAAAAAUCUCUGAUAUACACCAAGAAAUUGGUUCUGGCAAAAGAUCUAAAUAAUGAUUGUUGUGAUAAAACCAUUUCUUCUGGAACAAAUGCCAAAAGUAAUAGAAGGCCUAUGAAAGGAGUGAUAUCAGAAAUUAGAUCUUGUGACCUAGAAACAAAUAGAAAGACUUUUAAGUCAAUUGAUUAACUAUUUCAGAAAGAAAAGACAAAAGAAAAACAGUUUACUGAUGCAGCAGAAUCAUUGAUCAACCAAAUUAAUAAGAGAUACAAACAAAAGGAUGAUUUAAAUUCUUCAAGAAAAUUUGGAGAAUCUUUAUAUGACAGGAAGAAUUCAAAUAAAUCAGGUCUUCUUUUCAGCAAGGAAAAAGUCCCAAUUAAAAACUCUAGACAAAUGAAGAGGACUACUUCUGUUAAUAUGACUUCUGAAUGUGCUUUGAAUGAUGUUUAUAAUUUUAACUUGAAUGGAGGUGAUGACCCUACCAUAAGACUUGGUACAGAGGAAUUUCGGACUACUAUCAGAGAAACUUCUGUAACUAACUCAAAAAAGUUGUUAGGUUUAAAGAGUCAUGAUGAAAGUGAAGCUUCUCUGAGAGAGAAAGAUAAAAAAACUAGAACAAAUCACAAGAAGAAGCACCUCUUUAGUGAUACAGACACAGAUCAUAGAGGUGAUGACAGCAAGACUGAUAUUAGCUGGCUAAGAGAAUCAAACAAAAAAACCAAACCUCAACUGGUAGAUUAUAGCAGAAAUAAAAAAAUGAAGAAACCUAAAAAUAGGAAAUCAAGUCCAUCAAUAGAAGUGAAACGACCAAAAUCUAAGAAGACUCAUAAUACAGAUUCCACCAAAAAGGUAGAUGAAAGAAUCACAGAAGCAACAAGACUCCAACGUCCUCGAAGAGCAGGAUUAGUAAAAAAAAAUUAUAAAGAUUUCUCAAAUUCAGAAUCAGAAAGUGAACAAGAAUCUUCACCAAGUUCCCUCAGUAAAGAGAAAUUACUAGUUCAGGUUACAAAUACACAUAACAAAAGUGAAACCAUGAAGCAAUUGAAAAAAGGCCCAAAUGCUAUUUCUACUGAAGGAGAAGAGGAAAUAUCAAAAGAAGGGAAAAAAUCAUCUAAAGGAAAAGAUUGUACAAGAGAAAAAAGACUUGACUCAUCUCCAAUUCCCUUAUCUGGAAGCCCAGCAUCUAUAGAAGUGAUGAGAUGUUCAGAGAAAACAAUUGAAAGAGAAUUUCCUCAAGAUUAUAUUCCUUCAAUAAAGUCAUCAUCCCCUUUUUCACAAUGUUCAACACCUGAAAAAAGAGAAUCUUUAAACAGUGUGCAUGGCAUCUCAGGCUAUAGUUUCUACACUACAAACAUGAAAAUUCAAAGCAAAUGUUUAAUAGAAUCUCCUGAAAAUAUUAACAAAAACUUGAUGUGUGCAAAUAAACAUUUCUCAAGUCCUUUGUCUUUGCCUAAUAUUACUCCAGUAAUAAUGGACAAAACUGAUAGUGGUGGAAAAGAUGCAGAGAUAUCUUCAGAGAAUAUACAAGAAUAUGACAACCCUAUGUAUUUAAGUAGUUUUAAUACAGAAAAACAAUUUAGUGGAUCGGAACUGGAAAACAUCCAUGAAAAUUUUAUUCAAAGUACACGAAAGGAACUCCUUUCACCAUCACGGUUAUCCCUGUCUAGCUCAAAGAGAGAAAAACUCUAUGACGUCCCUACUGAUACUCUUCAUCAAAAAGGAUCUAGUAUACAUACAAAUCUCAAACGGUUAUGUACCUCUGAAAAUCUAAGUAAUUCUGAUGAAGUGGAACUAGAAGAGGAAGAAGAAGAAGAAAGAAGACAAAAUUUACUUCCUCCGAAAUUGUUUAAAACAGAUGGCGACCAUGUUACCUACAAAGUAUCUGAGAGUGUAUCUACAGUGUCAGCCAAUGAGUUUUCUUUUCCUGGAGAGAUUUGGGAGACUGAAAGUUCAGGUGUAGACACAAUGUGUCAGAAACUAAGUAAGGAGUUUAAAAGGAAAAUUCAGAACCGCUACAAAAAAAUGGAUCGUUUUAAUAAACAGUCUUUGAAAUCAGCUCAGCAACAUCUGACAAGCAUAAACUAUCGCAUUCAUGAAUACAGAAUGAAGCAGCUUGAUAAGUUCCAGUUCAAUAUCAUAGAGGAACUAGAGAACUUUGAAAAAGAUUCCCAGUCUUUAAAAAACUUGGAACGAGAAUUUUCGGACUUUUGGAAAAAAACUUCUCAGAAGUUCAGUACGUACCAGAAAAAUGAAAAAAGGAGGGUUCAUCUUCUGAAAACUUCACUUGAAAAAAAUGUCUUUCACAACAUUGACUAUGAAGAAAAUAUUUUUACUUCUGAGAUGCAUUUGAUGAAAGAAGAUAUGAAAAGGCUUCAAGAAAGGUUUCUUAAGGAAAUGCAAGAAGAGGAGCUCCUCAAUGUUCGACGAGGAUUAAUGUCACUCUUCACUUCUGAUGAAAGAAAAUUUUAA